AUGACUGCCACCCAACCUGGCUUGCCGGGGUCUUACCUGGAACCACAGAUGGGGCCGACCCCAGUCUCGGACUCGGAUUCAGAUUCUGACAACCCGGUCUCCAGCGACCCCAGGCCCAAUGCCAGCUCCCAGGCUGGAUGCCAAGUGAUCCACAGCGGGCACUUCAUGGUGUCUUCUCCGCACAGCGACUCGGUGCCCCGCCGGCGUCACCACGGGAUUGAACUGGAGCUCCCCGAUCCCCGAAGCAUCGAUCCCACUAUCACCCAUCUCUUCGAGUGCAUGAGCUUGGCGUACAGUGACAAUCUGGUGUCACCCAAAUGGAAGAAUUUCAAGGGGCUGCGCCUGCUGUGCCGGGACAAAAUCCGUCUCAACAAUGCCAUUUGGAGAGCCUGGUACAUCCAAUAUGUGGAACGCCGGAAGAGCCCUGUGUGUGGAUUUGUCACCCCUCUGGAUGGCUCAGAUGAGCACAGGAAACCAGAAGCUGUCGUGCUUGAGGGGAAGUAUUGGAAGAGACGGAUCGAGGUGGUGAUGAAGGAGUAUCACAAGUGGCGCAUCUACUACAAGAAGCGGCUCCGCAAAUCCAGCCGAGAUUGGGAGGCCCUCAGCCCAAUGCAGGAUGACAGGAACUGGAAGCCGCUGGAAAAUUGGUGCGACCAGCUGUUCUCCAACGUGGUCCCCAUGCUGCUGAGAGACAAGGAGGAGGAACCUGAAGGGAGACAGCUCUUUGAUCUGGACAGCUUCCUAUCGGACAUCUCUGACACCCUUUUCACCAUGACCCAGCCCCCCUGUCCUCCUCAGCCACUGACAGAAGAAACCUAUACUGGCAACGCCGACAUGAUCCAGCCCGACCUGGCCCCGCUGCAGCCAAACCUUGACGAUUUUAUGGAGAUAUCUGAUUUCUUCUCCAGUCCACGGCCGCUAUCGGCACAUCCGUCCCUGAGCUUCCAGGAGCAAUCCUGCUUUGUGCCACCACCGGAGCCCAUGUACAGCGAUGGCAGCAACCUGCUGCCCAGCUCAGCCGAAACCCUGCUCACCCAGGGCACUGCCAGUUCGCCGAUCCUGCCCAGCGCCCGCCUCCAGCCUGCCGGUGCCUGUUCUACCCAGCUGGAUUUGCGCAGCCCCUUCCUCAGCCCCAACCUCCCCACAAAUCCUCCCCCGUCAACUCCUCCCAGUGGCCUCGGCCCCAACCUGAAGCAGAAGCGUCUGCUGCACUAUGCCUUCCCUGGAAAGUGGCUGAGCCCAGAACCCUACGGGCCUUUCUGCCCAUCCCUGCCCCCUCUGCCAAGUACCCCGCUACUGGGCCAGGACCCGGCGUGCUCAACUCCCUCAGCACCGUGUCCCAAAUUCCACUACCCGCCCUCUACGGUGCAUUCCGCACCAUGUUUCCCCCAAAAUGUGUCUAUGACGGACUAUGGUUUGGAUCUGCCUUCUGGCUACCACGCUCCUUUCGGCAGCCUGCACGUGCAGGCUGGCAUGGCUGGUAGCCCCAUGUUUGGCACUGCCAGAGGGCAGCCGCAGUCUGGGAACAGCAGGCCCAAGGUGAAGGUCAUCAACUCCAAGAGCAAGAGACCCCCGGGGCUCCCCAUGCCUCCAGCUGCACCAAACCCUUGUCUGACGCAGCUGCUGACCACAGCUAAACCGGAGCCAAACCAGGAGGCUCUGCCCGCUCCCAACCCCACCUUCAUCCCCACGGUGCCAGAAUCCAUGCAAAGCGAUGUUUGUGAAGGGCCUGCCGGCUUCCUGCCCAGAAUGACCCAGAUCAGCCCCCGACUCUCACCUGUCUCCAACCCCUCCCAGCCCACUCCAAUCACGCCACCGCCUCCAGGAUCCCUGUUGGUCCCCAAGACGGAGAGGCUCUCCCCUACACCAGUGUGUGGCAGUAGUCGGAGGAUGUCGGGACAGGGCUCCCCUGUGACGGUGGAGGGAAUGAGCAUCAGGAUUUCUCCCCCUCAUUACUCAUCCAACCGGAGCAGGCCAGAACCAAGCAAGACGGAGAGCCGCCGGAUCACCCACAUCUCCGCUGAGCAGAAGCGCCGUUUCAACAUUAAGGUCGGUUUUGAUACGCUGCACAGCCUGGUCAGCACCUUGAGUUCUCAGCCCAGUCUCAAGGUCAGCAAAGCCACCACCCUGCACAAGACGGCAGAAUACAUCUGCAAGCUGCAGCAGGAGCGAGCCGCCCUGCAAGAAGAGGCACAGCGCCUGCGGGAUCAGAUCGAAGACCUGAACGCCACUAUCAACCUGUGCCAGCAGCAGCUGCCCGCCACAGGGGUUCCCAUCACCCGCCAGCGCUUUGACCAGAUGCGAGACAUGUUUGACCAGUACGUGCGUUCGUGCACCUUGCAGAAUUGGAAGUUCUGGGUUUUCAGCAUCAUCAUGAGGCCCCUCUUUGAGUCCUUCAACGGGAUGGUCUCCACCACCAGCAUGGACAGUCUCAGUCAGACAUCCUUCGCCUGGCUGGACCAGUACUGCUCUCUCCCGGCUCUCCGGCCAACUGUCCUGAGCGCCCUCCGCCAGCUGAGCGUUUCCACUUCGAUCCUGAGCAACCCGGCAGCCAUCCCCGAACAGGCCACGCAGGCAGUGACAGGCACAGUCCCCAACCACAGCUCUUCCUAG